CAGGCCAGUCUGGUUUCGGAAUUGGUGAAAGCGAUGUGGGACCAGAGCCAGCUGCGAAAGUACGAUCUGACGUUGGAGGCGAUCCCGCGGCUGCACCACGCGGACCCCAAAAUCGACGAGUACAUCGCCGACAACAAACCGGUCGUCAUAGCGGGAUCGCGGGUGAUCAGGCCGGCGGUCGACAAAUGGGACAUGGAUUACAUGGAAAAGUGCCUCGGCGGCCCCGGCCUGACCGUCUUCGUGUCCCAAAGUCACAAGUUCAAGUACUUCGACGAGAACAAGGUGCAGUACUGUCUGCGGCACGGGAUAGAUUUCGUGCCUCCGACGAGACGAUGCAAGAUGCGGAUCGGGGAGUUCGUGCGGAGGCUCCGCGAGUGGAAAAAGGGCGACGACAGGCUGUACCUGCAGCAGGCGGUCAAUUCGUCGGUCGGUAACGUCGUCAAGGAUUUCAUGAAGUUCGAUUGGGAGUACCUCGCCGGUAAACAGGCCAAACACAACUGGGGACCCUUGUCGUCCAACUUGCUGCUCCUGUCGAUGGAGGGCAACGUCACGCCGUGCCAUUACGACGAGCAGCAGAACUUUUUCGGCCAGGUGUACGGCUACAAGAGGUGCAUACUGUUCCCGCCCAGCGAUUACGAGUGCCUCUAUCCGCACCCCCUGUAUCAUCCGCACGACCGUCAGAGCAUGGUGGACUUCGACAAGCCCGAUUACUCGAGGUUCCCGAAGUUCAAGAAGGCGCGGGGCUGCGAGGCCGUCCUCGAGCCGGGCGACAUCCUCUACAUCCCGAUCUACUGGUGGCACCACGUGGAGUCCCUGAUGCGCGCCGGCCCCACGAUAUCCGUCAACUUCUGGUACAAGGGCGGCCCCAUCUCUCUCGAGUAUCCCCUGAAGGACCACCAGAAGGUAUCGAUAUCGCGCAACGUGGAGAAGAUGCUCGUCGAGGUGCUCCAGGACCCGAAGGAGGUCGGCCCGCUGCUCGAGAUGAUGGCCGGCGGCCGCUUCGGCGAGUGACGCCCGCGUCCUCGCCCCUUUCCUCAUUUCACUGUGAUCCGGACUCGGAAAGUAAAGACCGUAACAAUUUGAGGCCGGUUUUAAAAACGUCGUGAUGGAAAUGUGCGCGUGCGUACGUAAAAUUUGAAGCCCGUUUAAGGAGGACAAGAUCGUGUCACGACUUCAAACGCGAGUCGGAAACGGACUCUGGCGUCGUAUUAUUAAGUUUAAGUGUCCUAGUCGUAAGUUCAAAGGUGAAAUAAAAUUAUUUUUCUCUCUUAAACGUCGUUUUUGAAGUCGAUUUUAAGAAUUUGAAGUCGAUUUUAAUCAAUUUAAACCGACUUUAAUUUUGGAUUUGAUAUCGAGUUUAACGACCCGCGUAUACGUUAAAUUCGAAGCCGAUUUUAAUAACUUGAAAAUAUUAGAAGAGAACACGCUAUUGGGACAAAUUUGAAACUUUGCCGUAAUCGUUCCCGGUACCAUCGAAUCUUGGAGUUUUUGGAG